AUGCUGUUGAGAUCGCUGCAGUCUGGUGAGUUAAGAGGCGGACCAGGCGCAUCCAUCGAAGAGCUCUCUGUGCUCGCAAAGAAGGAUCCGCGCAAGAUCAUGAUCUCCGAGCUCAAACUCAAGCUCACCACCCAGAAGAACGUCCAGCGGCCCGAGAGAAACGGGAAACCCAAGUCACGGCAACCGCAGAAGAGAAAGUCCAAGUCACUGGCUGUUCAGGAAGAAGUCCAGAUGUGUCAAUGGCCUGCAAAGAGCGAACAGGAUGGGUCGUUUCAGCGGCAGUUUGUACAGUGUGAUAACUGCGACUUGUGGUAUCACUUUGGCUGCGCUGGUUUUUCUGAAGGAGAUCCUCGCUUGGAGGAGCCAGAUUCUGUCUUCAUCUGUCCGCCAUGCUGGUACGCACGCGCAAAAACAUGUGCCCGUCCAGAUUGUUCACUCACCAAACUCGAUACAGACUCGGAGGAGUUUGUCAUCGAGCGCCUAGUCGGGCGAAAAACCAUCGGGGACGCUGGGUACCUGUUUUUGGUGAAAUGGGAGGGAUAUCCGAUCGCGCAAGCUAGCUGGGUCCCCGACGGAAACAUAGGCGGUGUCUCGCGAGUCUUUGAUCGCUUUGUGGCAGAUGCGACGACUGAGGGUAUUGAUCUCAAUUUAAAAGGCGUUGUUCUGCUGGAGGAAGCGAGACAUGGUGGGUGGAAUAUUUAG